GCUAAACAAGUGAAGGACCUGUAUGACAAGAACUUUAAGUCCUGGAAGAAAGAAAUUGAAGAAGAUGUCAGAAAAUGGAAAGAUCUCCCAUGCUCAUGGAUAGGUAGGAUUAACAUAGUAAAAAUGGUAAUCUUACCAAAAGCAAUCAAAAACCCAACAGUUCAAUUUAAAAGUGGGCUAUAGAACUGAAAAGAGAAUUCUCAACAGAGGAAGCUCAAAUGGCUGAAAUACAUUUAAGGAAUUGCUCAACGUCCUUUAGUCAUCAGGGAAAUGCAAAUCAAAAUGACUCUGAGAUACCAUCUUACACUCAUCAGAAUGGCUAAGAUCGAAAAUGCUGAAGAUAGCUUAUGUUGGAGAGGAUGUGGAGCAAGGGGAACACUCCUCCACUGUUGGUGGGAAUGCAAACUUGUACAGCCACUUUGGAAAUCAGUAUGGCGCUUUCUUAGAAAAUUGGAAAUCAACCUCCCUCAAGACCCAUCCACCCUUGGGCAUAUACCCAAGGAAUGCUCAAUCAUACCCCAAGGAUACAUGCUCAACUAUGUUCAUAGCAGCAUUAUUUGUCAUAGCCAGAACCUGGAAACAACCUAGAUGCCCUUCAACUGAAGAAUGGAUAAAGAAAAUGUACAUAUACACAAUGGAGUACUACUCAGCAGAGAAAAACAAUGACAUCAUGAGGUUUGUAGGCAAAUGGAUGGAACUAGAAAAAAAAUCAUCCUGAGUGAUGUAACCCAGACUCAGAGAGACAAAUAUGGUUGCUACUGGCAGAGCUGUUACUGAAGAUUUGGACCUCUAUGCUACAUCUCGAGAGAGACGAUUUCGUUUAUUUGCAUCUAUAGAAUGUGAAGGACAGUUAUUCAUGACUCCAUAUGAUUUUAUUUUGGCUGUUACAACAGAUGAACCCAAAUUUGCUAAAACGUGGAAGUCACUUUCUAAACAGGAAUUAAGUCAGAUGCUCUCAGAAACACCACCAGUUUGGAAGGGAUCAUCAAAGCUCUUUCGAAAUCUUAAAGAAAGAGGUGUGAUUUCUUACACCGAAUAUCUUUUUCUUUUAUGUAUUUUAACAAAACCUCAUGCAGGUUUUAGAAUAGCUUUCAACAUGUUUGACACUGAUGGAAAUGAGAUGGUGGAUAAAAAAGAAUUCUUGGUGCUUCAGGAGAUAUUCAGGAAAAAAAAUGAAAAGAGAGAAACUAAAGGAGAUGAAGAGAAGCGUGCAUUGCUGCGUCUUCAACUUUAUGGAUACCAUUCUCCUACUAAUAGUGUACUUAAAACAGAUACUGAGGAACUCGUCUCCAGAAGCUACUGGGAUACCCUGAGACGUAACACAAGCCAAGCGCUCUUUUCAGACCUUGCAGAGCGUGCUGAUGACAUCACAAGCUUAGUAGCAGACACUACACUUCUGGUACACUUUUUUGGAAAGAAAGGAAAAGCUGAGCUCAACUUUGAAGAUUUUUAUAGAUUUAUGGAUAACCUACAAACAGAAGUUCUAGAAAUAGAAUUUCUUUCCUACUCUAAUGGAAUGAAUACUAUCAGUGAAGAGGAUUUUGCCCAUAUUCUUCUACGGUAUACUAAUGUGGAAAAUACAUCAGUAUUUUUGGAAAAUGUGCGCUACAGUAUACCUGAAGAAAAGGGCAUCACAUUUGAUGAGUUCAGGUCAUUUUUCCAAUUUCUGAACAACUUAGAAGACUUUGCAAUAGCCCUCAAUAUGUAUAACUUUGCAAGCCGUUCUAUAGGACAAGAUGAGUUUAAACGUGCCGUCUAUGUAGCUACGGGACUGAAACUUUCCCCACAUUUGGUCAACACCGUCUUCAAGAUUUUUGAUGUGGACAAAGAUGACCAGUUAAGUUAUAAAGAAUUCAUUGGAAUUAUGAAAGACAGACUCCAUAGAGGAUUCCGGGGUUAUAAAACAGUCCAGAAGUAUCCGACCUUCAAAUCCUGCCUGAAAAAAGAACUUCACAGCAGAUAAAUCCUCCUAAAACAAAGAUUGAAGGAUUAUGAUCUAUGUGACAAGGCAAGAAGCAAGUUUCUGAGUGUGGAUCCAAGUGUGAAGUCAGAGCAUGCAGAAAAUAAAGGGAAAGUGAAACACUAUGAAAUUACAUUUUUUUCCUUAAACUGAGUCUGUCAAUGUGAAACAGAGGAGAAUUGAAUCUUCUAAUUACAAGGUUUAACCCUGGGUUUGAUCCCUAGUGCCACCAAGAGAACACUUACUGCAGAUGCUGAAUAUGAUCAGUUGACCUUUCACCUUGACUGAUGGAAGUCUGAACUUUUUCAUUCCCUUCACAAGUACAUGGGUAGUUCCAGUAACUGAGAAUGUAUUUAGAUGUCUAUUUAUUUAUUAGAAAUGUCUUUAUUUCAAAAGAAUUUAUGAAUGAUAGAAUAUAGAUAGCUUAAAAACAGAAACACAUUUUCUUCUGGUUUGGACUGUGAACCUGUUUUCAGGCAAUGAAUAUUGCUUCCAACUUGUCUUAGGGCCCUUAAACUUGUUUGUAAGUCCCUGUUAUUUACCUUGUAUUUAAUUACACUGAAGUAAUUUCAGAAAACAAGUGAAAAUUUACUAGAUAAUAUGAUGGUUUACAUUGUACUUUCAACUUUUAAAAGUACUUAUGUAAUAUACAUUGUUGGAUUUGUGUAAAUUUUUCUUUGUUUUUGCUCUUCUUUAUGUGUUUUGUUUUAUUUCUGUACCAAAGUCAACAGGAUUUCAGGUAUUUUAUUUUAAAAAAAACAAUUUAGAUUUUUUUUUUUUUUU